AUGCAGGCUGGCAGCUCCGAUGUGGACUGGUGUGAAGGAAAUUACCUUAUUUACCCGAGCAUCGCAGAGUUUUAUAACACGAUCAGCAACAUACUGUUUUUUGUUUUGCCUCCCAUAUUAAUGUGCUUGUUCCGCCAAUAUGCAACACAUUUCAACAGUGGGAUCUACCUCAUAUGGAUUCUGCUUGUUGUUGUUGGCAUUGGUUCAACGUACUUCCAUGCCACCCUCAGCUUCCUGGGCCAAAUGCUGGAUGAGUUAGCCAUAUUAUGGGUCCUCAUGUGUGCCAUAGGCAUGUGGUUCCCUAAGCGCUAUCUGCCCAAGAUGUUCAGACGAAAUCGGUCAAGGUUCAAAGUGGUUAUUGGUGUCUUGUCCGGGAUUACCACAGGACUUGCCUUUGUGAAGCCCGUUGUCAAUUCACUGUCAUUAAUGACUCUUGGGAUUCCCUGCACUGCACUUCUCAUUACAGAACUUAAAAGAUGUGAAAACCUGCGUGUGUUCAAGUUGGGCUUAAUCUCAGGGUUCUGGUGGGCGUUGGCUCUGCUCUGCUGGGUCAGUGACUGGAUAUUCUGUGAAAUGUGGUCAUCUGUCAACUUUCCCUACUUACAUUGUGCCUGGCACAUCCUCAUUUGUCUGGCUUCCUAUCUGGGGUGUGUUUGUUUUGCGUACUUUGACGUGGCGACAGAGGCUCCGGAGCGAGGCCCGGUCAUCAUGUUCUGGCCCAAUGAGAAGUGGGCCUUCAUCGGAGUGCCAUAUGUUUCUUUACUCUGUGCCCACAAGAAGCCGACUGUAAAGGUGACUUGA